GGCAUUCUUGCCGAGGCAAAUCGGGUGGUUUCUUUCUCCCCCACCCCCCGCGACCUGCACUUGGCGACGCGAAAGCGAAAGGGAAGCUGCUACCGAGGCAGAGGCUGGCUGGCGCGGGUCGAGACGAGACGAGACGCCGUGCGCAGAGCUGCUGUUCCGCCCAAUAAUAGCGCGGUUGCGUUGCGCUCCUCGCCCUCGCGCAUCCGCCUCCUUCCUCCAAUCCCCACCAAAACCACCCGCGCCGCCGAUCGCGGCCAGGAGGGCCUCCGUCGCCGGCGGCGGGCUGGGCGGCCGGGAUCGCUGAUCGGUCGAUUGAUUGGCCGAUCGAUCGAUCGCGGCGAGGCCCGGGGGAGCCGGCUCCGGUGGCGGGUUCUUGGCGGUUGCAUGUAUGCGGGCGGGGAGAGCCGGCCCAAUGGUGCGGGCGGGGGUGGAGGGGAAGACGCGCUCCGGCGGCGGAGGCAGCCCGGUGUUCCCUCCUCCUCGGCGGCGGCGGCGGCGGCUGCGGGCGCGUCGUCGUCCUCUUCGUCUAGCCGGGGGGAGGAGCACCGGGGAGGCGGGAAGCAGGGCAAGCGCAAGAAGCAGGGAGGGAGGCGCGAGGCGGUGGCCAGGGCGAUCCGCGGCGGGCUGCCGGCCGCCGCCGUGUCGUGCUGGGGCGGCGGCGGCGGGGCCGUCUCGGUGGUUCAGGAGACCGGCGGGAGCCGGGCGGGGAGGCUGUCCAGCCGGCGGGAGAGGGCGCCGGCCGACGAUGGCGACGCCGACGAUGGUUCCGGCCCAGGCAGGGCCCCGCCGCCGGCGUGGUGCUGCGUGUGCCCGGGCGGGGACUGCUCGCUGGAGCCCAACCCCAGCGCCAACGGCAAGGAGGACCCCGGCCUCCGCUCCCUCCUGGAGCGCAACGACUUCUUCUCCGCCGACUGCAACCCGCACGCCGACGUCGCCCCCGCCCCCGCCGCCGACGCUUCCUCGCCGUAGCCCGCCCGGCGGCGCCCGCACCGGUUAGCCGCAGUUCAUCCGCCACCGCGCAUUGCGGCGCGCACCAAUUUUCACCGACAAAAAAGAGGAAAUUUUUCACUCCCCCGAGGGAUCCAUCUGUACAUGUGUACUUGCCGCCGUGUUUUUGAGCAACGGGAAGAAGGGGAACCGAGGGAUGGGCAGGCAGCCCGGCAUGUCCAUGCCGCUCUGUCCCGUUGCCAUUCUCUGCCUGUCUGUCAAGACCGCGUCUCGCUGCAUUUGAUUCGACUCAGAAUUGCUCGUGGCGUUUUGCCAUCGCCGCUGGGCAGGCCAGCACAGCGCUGGAAGGAAGCUGCCGGUGGAGGGCGGCGGGCUCACAGGUCAGAGCUCACGACCCCUGCCAUCAAGCGAAGGUUUCGUCCGCGUUCAGAAUUGCCUAGCACGUUUCUUUCAAAAAGAAUUGCCUAGCACGGUAUCAAGUUGUCCAAGUACUCCAAGACAAUGGCCUAGCCAAGGGACGAUGCUGCAUUCUGAACCGCCUGUAAUUUUGCUGGAAGAAACUCCAGAGGAUCAAAGGCGCCAAAUCAUCUGCAUGCUCUGAAUCAUCUUCUGAAUUCUGAUACUUGCUGCAAUUUAGGCGGACGGUGCAAGCUGCAAGCGAAACAUCAGAAAAGGAGAGGCACCGCAUGUUCAGACACCAAAGGCGGAGGACCACCGCCGGCUGGCCGCAUUUAGCACGGCGGCGGCCGGCGGCUUUGCUGCUCCACGUCCAUGUCCCGUCGAUGAGGACCGCACGCGAGAACGAAAGGCCAUGUUUUUCUUUUUCCCGUCACAAGAAAAAUGACAGAAUGUCUUUACCAAAAAAGAAAAAAAAAAGAAAUACUACGAUAGAAGGUGAGGGAACGACGCGUCGCCGUCGACCAGCGAUUGCGAGCACCGCCGGGAGUUUGGCGCGGCCACCCCACCUGGACGGAAUUUGGAUGGCGUCCAUGCGCAUCAGCAUCAGCAUCAGCAUCAGCAAAUUCAGCAUGCUGCUGUAACAAGUAAGACAUGCCAGUGGUGACUUGGGCGCGGCAGGCCAGGCGGCCGUUCCAAUUCCAUCAGGGGUGGAAGAGGCUAGAGCAAAAAUCUUGGGCAUGAUCCGGUCAGGUUCUAAUUGUCAAAAGGGGUCUGAAUGAUGGUUCUGAUGGCGUCCUGUGCCUUAGCUAAUAAGCAUGUGUAGUGUAGCUAGCUUGCUCGCGCACCGGUAGCCGCAUGCGAGGAUAUCACCGUCAUUCAUACGCGAUGUCGCCUCUGCUAGCUGAGAGGAGGCUGUUUACUCGAAUCAAGCUGCUGUCGAGUUGAGACGAGCCAUCAUCAUCUUCAACACCCUUAUGUCUCUCUCUCAUCCAUCUUCUCCCUGUAAACCCAGACCGGCUUUGAUGUGAUGAUAUGUUCCAUCCAGGCCCUGCUUGGCUGCUCGAUUUCAUCAGGCAUGAUUUGGACAUAGUGGUACUGUCUAAA